UGUGGGAAGUUAUUAGGUUGUAACUUGGAAAGGCAGAGAUGCAGAGUCCAAGAAGACGGCUCAAGAAGAGGGAGGAGAAGCAGCUUGAGGCAUCCUUAGAUGCACUGCUGAGUCAAGUGGCUGAUCUGAAGAACUCACUGGGGAGUUUCAUUUACAAGUUGGAGAACGAGUAUGGCAGGCUAACCUGGCCCUCUGUCCUGGACAGCUUUGCCUUGCUCUCUGGGCAGUUGAACACUCUGAACAAGGUCUUGAAGCAUGAAAAGACACCCCUGUUCCGUAAUCAGGUCAUCAUCCCUCUGGUGCUGUCCCCAGACCGAGAUGAAGAUCUCAUGCGGCAGACUGAAGGACGGGUGCCGGUUUUCAGCCAUGAGGUAGUCCCUGACCAUCUGAGAACCAAGCCUGACCCUGAAGUUGAAGAGCAGGAGAAGCAACUGACAACAGACGCUGCCCGCAUUGGUGCCGAUGCAGCUCAGAAGCAGAUCCAGAGCUUGAACAAAAUGUGCUCAAAUCUUCUGGAGAAAAUCAGCAAAGAGGAGCGAGAAUCUGAGAGUGGAGGUCUCCGGCCGAACAAGCAGACCUUUAACCCUGCGGACACCAAUGCCUUGGUGGCAGCAGUUGCCUUUGGGAAGGGGCUGUCUAACUGGAGACCUUCAGGCAGCAGUGGUCCUGGCCAGCCGGGCCAGCCAGGAGCUGGGACAAUCCUUGCAGGAGCCUCAGGAUUACAGCAGGUGCAGAUGGCAGGAGCUCCAAGCCAGCAGCAACCAAUGCUCAGUGGGGUGCAGAUGGCUCAAGCAGGUCAGCCAGGGAAAAUGCCAAGUGGAAUAAAAACCAAUAUCAAGUCAGCUUCAAUGCAUCCCUACCAGCGGUGAGUGUGGCCGGCAACCUCCACUCCCAGGUGCUUUUUGCAGAGUUAAGCAGUAAAAUACCUUUUGUUCAAGGCCCACCUAGAUGGGCACAAUAAAAAGAACACAGGCUUUCAGCAACAAAUUCCUCUAUCACUGACUACUUGUGUGACACCUUGAGCAAGUGACCUAAUUGUCUGAGCCUGUUCUUAUAGGGUUGUUGUGAGGAUAUGAAAUAAUAGGCAUUCAAU